GAGAUGCUGCAGAGUUGAUCAGAACUGAAAGACAUCCGAGUCAUUGACACCCAAGAUGUGUUUUUAUCAGUCUGUUUCCACGUAUGCACAGCACGACUCCCUCUCUUCAGGGUCUGCAGCUUUCUGAACUUGAACAGAUCAAAAUACAUUAUUUACAGCUAUCUACUGUCAAACUAAAGGCAAGAAAUGUUUUAAAGGAAUAUUUCGAGCGUUGGGAGGCGUAUCACUGGAAGACACCAGAUCCGAGGGCCGUGGUCAGUGAACGUUUCAUUGAGGAGAUGCAGCGCUCAUCAUGGCCAAUCUAAGAGGCUCAGCUGAGUGUGUGAAUGACGCUAUCCCCUUGGAUCACAGAAACACCAUUAUCAGGGCACACUGACAUCACUCAGCCCUGCACAGCACACCACCGGCCUCCUCCUGCAGCACAGUCAUUGUGUUCAUCGUUCAGCCCAUUGUCUGCACGGGGGCAUGCUGGACAAUGUCGCCAAUCUCUGUCCAAACCAUGAUCCAACGUUGCUAUUGUGAACCCGUCCAUUUUCCCACUUAAACCACACAACAUGCUGAUCCUGUGUGAUGAGAGCAGAGGGGGGUUGUUUGGUGUCCGCCGUUCUGCCUGGCACUGGGGUCGGGAAUGCGAGGAGGGCACAGAUUAUUGAUCUUUCACUGUGGUGAUGGAGGCUUGAUGAACAGACAUGUGGACAAGCUACAAACACAAAAGCCAUGUGACAAUGUAAGUGGGUAUCACACUGCGGGAGCCCCUGCCUGUGUGCUGUCGGGUCCUUGCUGCUCUUCUGCCUUCAGCCUGACAUCAGGAUAUUGUCUUCACUGACAGGAUCACUGAAGCUUUUUUUUUAAGCUGGAUUAUUUUUUACUUAAAGUGGACAGAGGCUCUUCUGCAGAAUGAUACAACAAUACCAGGCAACUGUGGGAUCUUACAAACUUUUACUACAAGACCGUUCCACAAAGAUUGUUUUACCAACAAUAAGGUCACUGUGUUUUCGGGCCGGCUGACCCGCCAUGACUGAGAUGCAGGCAUUCUACCACACCGUGCGUCGGCCUGCGGGCCUCUACCUGGAGCCCGCCUUGAUGCAGAGACGUGUCCUGGAAGACCAGGUGGAGCUGUGGUGGUUCACAGAGCCACGCCGCUCCUUGCUGUGCUACUGUGCCUCAGUGGCCCUCAUUAUGGGGCUGGGCCUUGGCGGUGUAAGCCUCCUCUCCACGACCAAGAGCCUGUCCGGAGAGUGGAGACUCGGGGUGGGCACCACCCUCUGCCUCUUGGCCCUCGCUGUUUUGCUCAAGCAGCUCCUCAGCUCUGCCAUCCAGGACAUGAACUGCGUGCAUAGCCGGCGACGCAUCGACCUUUUGAAGAGCGGCGGGAGGGCUGACCCGGUGCUGAUUCUUGCCGUGGGGUCAGCAGUGAUGCUCUGCGGGACAGUGCUUCUCUGCAUGGCCACGAUUGGCAACCGAGUAUACGACAGCAGGGAGAUGUUGGUGUCUGGGCUGGUGCUGAUGGCUGCUGGGAUCGUCAUGGCAGUGGCUGUCGUGGGUUAUGGUGUGAUGAUCUACCUUAAGAAGCAAAGGGAGCAGAGGAGGAGGAGGAGGAUGAGAAUGAGCAGAGCCAGGAGGCUGGGGAGUCGAGCCGCCCUGGUGUUCAAUGUCUCAGGGGGACAGACGAGCCAAGUCAGGAGAGAGACGUCCUCCAGCAGGACAAGUCUGAUCUGAAUGAGCUUAAUGUGAAGAGACAUUCAGAAAACGUUUUUUUCGUCUGGGAAAGGAAGACAAUAUGAAAUGUAAUGUGUGUUCAAGGAAAAUAGACAUUACAAAAGAGAUGUGAAGGAUUAUCAGCACCACAUUGAAGACAUCAGAGCUCCUUUGUUCUACUCCUUUUGUUUCCAUUAUCAAAACAAACUGGCGACUGAGGAUUAUAGUGUCAGCAAUGACUCAGAAUUUUUUUUUAUUGUCUGAGAUUCUCAGAGGUUGAAAAUAAAUUCAGUAAGUGUUUACAUCAAAUCAAA